AUGGACACUAUGGAUGUUACUGAGGUUCACCAAACCGUGGUUGACGAAACUAUGACUGACGCCUUCAACGAUGCUAUCCCCGAGGGCGACAUUGACGCCACUCCUAAGUCCGAGGAAGAGUACGCGCAGUCUAUGGUGACUCUGCGUGCUAUUGUCUCUUCCAAGGAGGCCGGCGUGAUCAUCGGCAAAGCUGGCAAGAAUGUUGCCGACUUGCGCGAUGAGACCGGCGUUAAGGCUGGUGUGAGCAAGGUCGUUCCUGGUGUGCACGACCGAGUCCUGACCGUUACUGGUCCUCUUCAAGGCGUUGCCCGUGCCUAUGCGAUCGUUACCAAGGGUCUUUUGGAAGGUGCCCCGCAGAUGGGCAUGGGCGGUAUUGUCUCCAACAAUGGAGCCCACCCUGUGCGACUUCUCAUCUCGCACAACCAGAUGGGCACCAUCAUUGGACGCCAGGGCCUGAAAAUUAAGCACAUUCAAGAUGUUUCGGGUGUGCGCAUGGUUGCUCAGAAGGAGAUGCUCCCCCAAUCUACAGAGCGUAUUGUGGAGGUGCAGGGCGCCCCCGAGGGCAUCGAGAAGGCUACCUGGGAGAUCGGAAAGUGCCUGAUUGAUGACUGGCAGCGUGGCACUGGCACUGUGCUCUACAACCCCGCUGUUCGCUCGUCUACCAACUCACAGCCGCUCAGCAACAACACUGGAAACAAUGGCAACCCCGUGGGCGGUGGUAAUGGCUAUUCCAACCGCCAGUACAACCGCACCGGCAAUGGAGCUGACUUCAGCGACAACAGUGGCUACAACCGUCGCUCCAGCUCUGAUGCCAGUGGUGGUCGUGGAUUUCCCCUCACCACAGAGGAUGGCGAAGAUAUCCAAACUCAGAACAUCAGCAUCCCUGCCGACAUGGUAGGCUGCAUUAUCGGUCGGGGUGGAACCAAGAUUACUGAAAUUCGCCGGAGCUCUGGAGCCCGCAUCUCGAUUGCCAAGGCUCCUCAUGAUGACACUGGUGAGCGCAUGUUCACCAUUAUGGGCAGUGCCCUGGCCAACGAGAAGGCCUUGUAUCUUCUUUACGAGAACCUUGAGGUUGAGAAGGGUCGCCGCAGCCAGUUACCCCAGGAGUAA